CAUUUUCAGGUUUUUCUUCCACUUUUUUGCAUGCAAACUGUUAUUUGUUCUAGUUCCCAUCUAAAAAAUGUCAGAAGAAGUGAUCAAGUUCACAAGUCCUCGGAAACAAGUUAAAGAAGAGUUCAAGCUUAUUGAUACCCAGAAGAUCGCUGAUGUGAGGAUACAAUGGUUCGGAAAAUUCACAAAAAACCGAGAAAAAAUUAUGUUUUGCUGGAAAUUCUUCCCCGGCGACAAACUGCAAAAUGAGGGCAUUGAUUUUCUGGUCGGGCAUAUCAAAGCGUACCCCCAUCCGACUUACAACGAUUUCGAGCCGUUCGAAUUCGAUUUUAAUGUGAAUGGUGCUGAGCAUAAGGAGACCAGAGAAUACGAGUAUUUGACAAAAAAUGAUUGGUGUUGUGCGACGUACGAAUGCGAACUUACGCCGUUUCGAUUAUACGGGAAUAUGUUCGGGGCUUCGACGAAGCAUGAUGGUGUGCUGGUGGUGGAGAAGAAGAAAUUGAAUGUUAGCAAAGCGUUCCUCUCCUACCACUCGGACUUCUUCAGCGACCUUUUCUCUCGUGAAGCCCACAGCAAAGAUAUCCCUAUCGAAGGAGUAACCUAUUUCGAAUUUGGAUUGCUGAUAAGCUGUAUUCACCCGGACCACACAGUUUUUCCUAAUGACGAAACAGUUUCCAAGCUGCUCAGCCUAGCCGACAGGUUCUCCAUGAGAGCAGUAUAUCGGAUGGUAGAACAUCACCUUCUCCAUUCUUCCAGCAACAUGGGGAUCAGGGAAGUGAUAAAGACUGCUGAUCAGUAUGGAAUGAAGGAACUCAUGGAAAAAUCGAUUUCAAGGAUCACUUCCACUGAAAAAGUGAUGGAUUUGAUACAAUCCGCAGAGUUUCCAGAGCUCUCUGCUGAAACGAAGGCCAAAUUAAUGGAUUGUAUGGCCAAAAUGAUGCGAUGAACUGAUUUUUGUUAUGGAUAUUAGUGGUCAUAUUUUCUGUGUCAUGUUUUUUAUAUUUAAAAAUGAAUAAAAAUGAUCUUCGAAAGUU